AGUGUAAAACCAGGGUGUUUUGGGCAAAGUGAUACUCCCUAAUACUUCUGGGUGCAAGUGAUUCCUGGUGGAUUGUUUCAGCCUGUUGCUUCCUUGGUGGGCUCUGAAUCAAGACCUUCAUCAGUGAAUGUUGUUUUGAGUAAAAUGGCAAAUACUAGCCAUCAACCAAUGCCUUGAGAAAAACAUCAGGAACUGAUGAAGAAGAUGAAACUUUGGAUUGUCCAACAGGCUGGUGCUUCCCAAAAUGCUCCAAGAAUACACGAGAAGUUGCAGUUAUUGCCCUCUGAAGACCCGACCGAGGCAUCAGCCAUGCGGAUCCUGUACCUGCUCUUCCCCUUAUUCCUCCUGUUGGCUCAGGGUGCUGCAGGAUCCUCCCUGGCUCCAGGAAACAAGGCACAAUGUCUUCGACAAAAAGGCUUCUGUGCAGUUUUUAAGUGCCCCUUCCCCUAUGUCAUCAGUGGACUUUGUACAAAGUUCUCAUUUUGCUGCAAGAAGAUGUGGGGCUGAGCCCCUGAACCCCAUGAGCAGGACGUCCCCCUCGCUUCUGGCUCCUGGCUCCUGAUGUCAUCUCCUCUCCCCACCUCUGCCGCCCCCAGGGGCUGUGACAGCAGCAGUGGAAGCACUGCUCCUGCUGGGUGCCCGUGUGCUGGGGACAUCCCAACACGGAGCCGGUGCUGCUGGGGCAGAGGCUGCUUUUCCCGGCUUGAAUAAAGACGAGCAGUUUGGCAUUGCA